AUGUCAACCAGCACGUUUGCAACCUCGGCCCGCGCGCUCCAGCACAUCAUUUCAACAGCCGGUGCCUCCCGCAGAGCGGCCACGAGCCCUCGCCGUCCGUCGUCUCUACGCUUCGCCGGCCGAGGAGGCGCGCCGCUGCAGGUCCCGAGCCUCCUUAUUAGGUCAUCCCGCUGCAAGCCGGACGUCUCAGCGGCGGUCGUCUACAGGGUGAAGCUGGUGACCCCGGGAGGGCGGGAGUACGAGCUGGAGGCGCCGGACGACGCCUACAUCCUCGACACGGCCGAGAGCGCCGGCAUGGAGCUGCCGUGCGCGUGCCGCGCCGGGGCGUGCUACAAAUGCGCCGGCAAGGUCGAGGCCGGCACGGUCCACCGGGCGGACGGGUCGCUCCUCCACGGCAGGCUGCAGGAGGAAGGCUACGUGCUCAUCUGCGUGUCGUGCCCCAGGUCCGACUGCGUCAUCCAUACCCACAAGGAGGAUGACCUUUGGUGA